GACUGGCGGGCGGAGCGCCGGCGAGCGGGCGCGCAGGACAGUCCUUCUGCUGGCGGAGAGCCGGCCGCGCCCUCGCCCCUCCGGGCCUGCCCCCGCUGCGGCUGGCAGCGCCGAGGGUCUCCUCCAAUGUCUGUCAAUUGUAAGGACUCCUAAUGCCUUGAAGAUGUAUUUACCAGCCACCCCUACACACACCUAAUUUGAGAAAUGAUGCCAUUAAGCUUCAGCCCUAUCACUCUGAAGGAUAACUUUGGUGGAAGGCAAUCACCAUAGAGAUAAUUACAGACAUGGAAGUUACAAAUACAGUGCUUUUUCAUUAAGGUUGGUUUUUGGAGGUUUCCCUGCUGAAGUGACAAAGGGAUCUCCCAUGUAACACCUGAAGUGCCUUUGAGGAAAGCCCUCUGCACCUCCUUAUGGGCUGAUGGAGAAGUGGGCUCCCUACACCCUCUCUAUCCCCAGUUGAGAUUAUGGUGGAUUUGGGAUACGGCCCAGGCUUGGGCCUCCUGCCACUGCCACUGCCCCAGCCCCGGAGGCUUUAGCAAGAGCCCUGCACCCCCAGAGACCACCCCUCCUCCCAGGGGCCUGGAACUGGCAAGUGACUAUGCGGCUUGGACUGUGUGUGGUGGCCCUGGUUCUGAGCUGGAUGCAUCUCAUCUCUGCUGGCAGCCAGGGGACCAAGGGGAAACGGCAGAGGCGGAGUGAGAGCCUGGGAACAAGGGCAGUCUCCCUCCCAGCAGCCUCCUCUCCCUCAUUCUGUCUUGCAGUCAGUCCCGAGGGGAGCCAGGCCUGUGCCAAAGGCUGUGAGCUCUGCUCUGAGGUCAACGGCUGCCUCAAGUGCUCACCCAAGCUCUUCAUCCUGCUGGAGAGGAACGACAUCCGCCAGGUGGGCGUCUGCCUGCCAUCCUGCCCACCUGGAUACUUCGAUGCCCGCAACCCCGACAUGAACAAGUGCAUCAAAUGCAAGAUCGAGCACUGCGAGGCCUGCUUCAGCCACAACUUCUGCACCAAGUGUAAAGAGAGCUUGUACUUACACAAAGGCCGCUGCUACCUGGCCUGCCCUGAGGGCUCUGCAGCUGCCAACGGCACCAUGGAGUGCAGCAGUCCUGCCCAAUGUGAAAUGAGCGAGUGGUCCCCAUGGGGACCGUGCUCCAAGAAGAAGAAGCUCUGUGGUUUCCGGAAGGGCUCUGAGGAGCGCACACGGCGGGUGCUGCAUGCCCCUGGGGGUGACCACACUCUGUGCUCUGACACCAAGGAGACCCGGAGGUGCACAGUGCGGAGGACACCCUGUCCUGAGGGGCAGAAGAGGAGGAAGGGAGGCCAGGGCCGCAGGGAGAAUGCCAACCGGAACCCAAGCAGGAAGGAGAACAAGGAGGCGGGCACCAGCUCUCGGAGACGCAAGGGCCAGCAACAGAAGCAGCAGCAGCAAGGGACAGCGGGGCCAGUCACAUCUGCAGAACCCACCUAGGGACACUGUGUAACCUCCAGGCCCAUGCAGAAAGAGUCUGGCAGCUCUCUGUGUGAGGAAACUUUCCCUGAACUGGAGCACUGAGCAUAACACAUGCACACACUCUCCAUACAUACAUGGAUGCACAUAUGUACACACACUCCCAUGUCUGAACAUGUAACCAACGUACAUGCACAUCAGACUCUACAUUCAAAUGGACACACAACAUGCAUGUGCGCACUCAGACCAUUGUGUUCUAACAUGCAGCUGACACACAUGUACACAUACACACAGGGCCAUCAGAAGACCCUCCUGUCCUUUGGAGAUCACCGUGUGGACAGGAUGGAGAGGCAGAGGGGUCAUCUGGACCUGGCAGAGGACACAGCAGCACAUACUUGGUCUACAGUGCUCCCAGUAGCAUGAGAGAGAGUGAUCCCCAGAAUCCAAGUUCACACUUUGCAGAGGGGAAUCUUCUGGAGGAGUUGACGGCACUGAUAUUUGCGGCAGAGGAGCCAACGUUCAACAACUGUUUCUGCAUCUCUGGCUCUGGGACCUCAUCAUUGGAGAAUACUGUUACCUCCCUGAUCUAUCUCUGGGCUUCCCUGAGAACUUCAUCAAGGUUUAUGUCAGAUUAAAAAAAAAAAAAAAAAACAGUUGCUACAGGUA